CAAUUACGAGCCGUGUGUUCACACCAUACUUCUUGGGCGAUUGUUACGUGAAUACUCAGUGAAAGCCGAGUCGUGGUGCGGUGCCGACACUAAAAUGAUUCAGUGCUGUUGAUUUAUUAUCUAUAUUGUUAUUAUUUUUGGAAUUCCACCAGGCAGCGGGUACUAUAAGGACGUUUCCCGAUAUUUUGAUUUAAUAUUGUGGAAGCGAUCCCUACAGUAUCAAGACAUUCAAAACAAACUCAGCGAAAAUGGAUUUUUACUACCAAAACAUGGAAAACCUGAACGGCAACGACCCAGCAACGCCCAACCUUAAUGAGACCACGGAACUACCAGGACCGGAGAACGUCGAGGCGAUAGCGGAUUACUACAACGGCGCUGUGAUCCUGGUGACAGGAGGGACGGGUUUCGUAGGGAAAGCUCUUCUGGAGAAACUACUGAGGAGUUGCCCUGGAAUAGAUACGAUUUAUGUCCUGAUGCGACCAAAAAGAGGCCUGACGGUGGAGCAAAGAUACAAGGAAUUGCUGAAAAACCAGGUCUUCGAUAGGAUCAGGGCCCGCUGGCCGGACCGCCUCAGCAAGCUGCACCCCAUCACCGGUGACGUGUCAGCACCAAAGCUCGGAGUCAGCACUGAACAAGCAGAGUUGCUGACGAAGGUCACGACGCUGUUCCACUCAGCGGCCACAGUACGAUUCACGGAGCCUCUGCCUGUAGCCACAACGUUGAACGUGCAGGGGACGGCGAGCUUAUUGAAACUUGCUGAAGAUAUGCCAGGGUUGAAGGCCUUGGUCCACGUGUCGACUGCUUAUAGCAACGCCCCAAGGUCUCACAUAGAGGAGACGGUCUACCCGCCACCUUACGACCCUGACAGCAUCAUGAGAUGCAUCAAGAUGCUACCACCGGAGACAAUGGAAGUCAUAUCGGACUGCCUUCAGGGGGAGCAUCCCAACCCUUACACGCUGACCAAAGCGCUGGCCGAGUCGAUUGUCUACAGCCACACGAACCUUCCUGUUUGCAUUGUGAGACCAUCAAUUGUGACAGCGGCGUACCAGGAGCCUUUCCCUGGAUGGAUCGACAACAUAUUCGGCGUAACAGGUCUGAUCAUGGAGAUAGGUCGGGGCACCUACCGCUCAGGGUACUGCAAGGAAGGAUACGUGGUAGACCUGGUACCAGUGGACCUGGUCAUUAACAGCUGUAUCCUGGCAGCUUGGAGGCAGGGCAGCAAGAAACCAGGUCGUUGCCCCGUGUACAACGUGACGUCGGGGUCCAUCAAUCCCCUUACGUGGGGUCAAUUCACGAGGCUGUGCGUCAAGUGGGCCAGGGAGAACCCAUCCAAAUACGUGAUGUGGUACCCAAACUUCCGUUUUACGGAGUCGCGGCUGCUGAACACAUUUUGGGAGGUGUCUUGCCACUUCUUGCCGGCUUUCCUGUACGACGUACUUUUGAAAGCACAAGGCAGAAAAGCUAUCAUGAUGAAGCUAGCCCGCCGAUUCAAAAUGGCCGCCGCGAUGGGCGAAUACUUCGCGAACCACGAAUGGCAGUUCGGCAUAUCGGAGCUGACAGCUUUGCACAACGAAGCAAGCGCUACUUCUGAUUCUAGAAGCUUCUUCCACUGGCCUGCGCAGUUCAGCUGGGAGACAUACAUAGGGGCUUACAUACUAGGCAUAAGGAGGUUUAUACUCAAGGAUACGCAGGAGUCUUUGCCGGCAGCGAGGACUAAGUUAAAGAGAUUGUAUUGGGUGCAUAGACUGUUCCAAGUUGCCACAGGAUAUUACGUAUUCAAAUUCCUAGCGGGACGUAUACGAUGAAAUAAGUAAUUUGUAGAUUGUAUUUUUUUUAAAGCAAUAUAUGUAAUUGUCGGUCUAUAUAUAGCAACAUUCAUAACAAUUUCAUCAGCAGUAAAAAUAAACCUAACAUGACUAGUGAUGUGCCACUCACUGGGAAUAUUCGCAAACUCCGGUAAUAUACUCGGGUUAAAAUAACGGGAAUAUUCCUAAUUUCCCUGGGAAUAUUCGAAAUGUCCCUAGAUAUAUUUGAUUCUGGGAAUAUUAGUAAUAUCCCUAGUAACAUUGAAUAAUGCAAUUAUUCUCAGAAAAUGAAAAUAUGUAACAUUUGGA